AUGCAGGACGAAUCAUCGAUGCUGGAUGACAUCUUGAUGAUGGUCGCCCGCUUGGAACCUCUCUCUGCUCAGAGCAAGCUUGGGGGCGCACCGUCUUCAGCCAUUCCACAACAGACCCGACUGCAGCUAGUAAAUGCGAUUGCGGGCGUGCUGUCCGGCGGGUUGCCUGCGAGGAUUGUCGACCAUGCCCUCGGAUGGCUACGAUGGAGUAACUUGACAGGCGCAAGCGACUCUGUCCCUCCCGGAGAUAACACUGUGCCUCCCGUAAGCAACAGCCCUAAUUCCCUUCCGAUCCCUCUGCUCCCAGGCCGGCUAGCGUCUGUAUUAGGCCGAACUAGCCCUCUGCACGAGGUGUCGAUAGACGGCUCCGAAAGAUCCAUCACAUCCUCUCCUCUUCCCCCCACUGCACUGCAGGCUGCCCAGCGCCCUGUCUAUUUGUUCCCUGUUUUGCAUUCGACUCGUCAUCAUUUCCUCGCAGUGGAUUCGCUUGACUCUCCCCAGCCCCAGGCUCCAAGAAGCGAGACUUCUCCACCCGGAAUGCCUGCACGUGAAUUCUCAAACUAUAUGUACAUGCAGACAGCUGAAGGCACACAACAGAGACAAGGGAAUACCAGUCCCUUGCCUCCGUCACCGUCCCAGUUGAGUGGAGAGGCAGUCGCCAACGAGUCUCAGAACCACCCUCGAAAUGGAGAAGCCGCACGUACGGGAGGCCUACCUCAGGAGGCUGGCGUGGAUCGACAGGACCUCGUCACUACUCGUGUUUUUCCGAACUCUGCUAAGCCAAGUGACAUUCACGAUCAUUCCGAGAACAUGGCUGUCGAUGCGCUGGAAAAAGAGUGGGCAGAUUCUCGCGGCGCCGCCUCACGAGAGAAAGAUCACGAACCCGAUUCUACCGUUGAAGCCACAGCGACCACAGCGUCCCGCGUUAGGCAGGAUUCGUACCGGAAAAGAGCAAAUGAACAUGUUGUAUCAAGCUCCGUGCGAACAGAAAAUGCGAAGGGGCGCCCGCUUGGAAGCGCGGGUCCUCGACUUCGAGAAGACGUGACCGAGGAACGGGUCAACGAUUUUGCCCUCACGCAGUCUGCAGCAAAACGCGACAACGAGUUGCCGAUCGAUGGAGCUGCGUCUGGUCAGGGGGGAUCCGUGAGAGGCGAGAGACUUGAAGCGACAGGACUACUCAGUGAAAACGAUGGCGCGGUUCCUAAUGACGGGCAAGAAGAGGCUAACACAAGUGACGACAUAGAGAAUUAUACGCGCGAGGAACAGCACACAAGAGAUCAUGAAGAGUCAGAUCCCUCCGAUGAACAUGAUCCAAGAGAUUACGGUGAGGAAGAGCCGCUUGACGAAGAAGAACUGGAGGAACCGUAUGGCGGUUGGGAUGAUCCUGCAGAUUCGGAUCUAGGCAGUCCGGACGAAGAAGAUGCCGGCAGCAGUUACGAUUAUCUUGUUCCAAGUGUCGCCGAGUUGAUAUUUAAGUUUUUUCCUCUUCCUGAGUGGCUCACGCUCAGCCCCGACCAGGUUCCUUCAUUUGACUGGAAGCGCGUAUUCAAAGAUUACUUCCCAGGCGCAACCAAGCUGAGCCAUGCCAUUAACAUGGCUGAUGACGUUAUCUACAAUGAAUAUUGCAACCGCACCGUGCUUGAAGGUGAGCCAUCGAUUGAUGCUCCUUUUGAAUUCACUGGGGACGUCGUCUUUGACGAAGAUCUGGAUGAUGCCCUCUUUCCCCCGAGUUUCGGUGAAAAUCGACGGCUGCCAUUAGUGCCAAUGGAGAUCGAAGACGAGUUCGACAAAUGCGUCAACUUCUACAAAAACCGUACUCGAGAUUAUAUCGAAGAAUAUAGGCAGCAGUGCGACGAUCUGUGGGACGACCCUAAAGCUCCUGGCGGCAGUCGGCUGCGGCCGUUGACAAUAGACGACAUGACGACUUGCUUCCUCAGAAAGUAUGACGUGGGUCGACGCUGGUUCAACGAGCUUUUCUUCCAGCCCUGGUUCCAUCUGCUGAAUCAAACAUCCUACCUGUCCCAGGCUGUCGAUACCGCCAUGGCUGAGUUCGCCUACAAUGGAUGGUUGUUUCCUGCCGCGUAUGCAGCAGCAAACUUCGGAGUGUGGCGAGCCUGCAUCGAAACGCGAGAUUGUUUUGACGGGGAACAGUGUGUCCCCGCUCUUCCCGCCAUUUAUGGAUUCGUUCUCAGUUUUUGUCAACGAACAGCAGAUUCCAUGACGCGUGACCCCAUAACGGGCGUCCCCUUGGCAGAACGGUUUGUAGACGUGGGUAUCGAUCGCCUGCCAAUAGUCUCUAGCAGGACGUUUGGGUCAAGAAACGUUUCUAUAGUGCGCCCGAGAGAUAUCGUGAGUGGCACCCAAGACGGCAAUAUUUCUUAG